GGAAAAGUAAUAACUGCUUUACUUGAAAAAUAGAUACAAAGAAAACAGAACUAAAAGCAACUUCACACAUUUCUUUAAAUGCCUUUAAAGGACUUUCUCCCACAAAGUCGGGACUUCUACCACGUUCCCCACUUCAGCUUGUCCGCUCGUGCACGUUCUCCGUUCCACAGGUUGGAGCGUAGAACACUUUGUGUGGCGUAGGAUUGACGUGACUCCCCCCCUUCUCCCUCCCUCUCCCACCCCCGACCAGUCGAUGGGAGGCCGACGUCACCCUGCCAGCGGAGGAGUGGAUGGCCUCUGUAAUAAAAAUACACGAAGAGAAUUGAUUGAGGAAAAGGAGAAGAUUGGCUGUGGAGGUGAAGAGGGGGGGACGGCAGCAACACGGCGUCUAUUCCUUCCUUUCUUCUCACCCGGCUCCGGACCCGAGGACUCUUACGCCUUUCCGGACGCACCUGGACAUAUUUACGUCGCGGCGUCGAGAUCCCCCGAACUGAAAUGCUAUGUUAUGCGUGGCUUUCUCGGUUUUUUGAGCAGACACUGGCAGAGAUAACUGUACUGUAUCCAAGCCUAGCGGAUGGGAGUGAAAGUCCGCCAUAUUCUGCCUUACCACGCCCGGGAGCCGAGCCAUUGGAAAAUAAACGGACAGCUCGAUUCACGCGUUUCUCUCUCGUCCGCGGACGAUAACUUGAAGCACAACGAGGAGGUUCGCGCAUUUAAAAAGACGAGCAGGGGAGAGUUCGACGAGACGCGGACGGAUGUCAACGCUUAACGAGAGCCCACGGAGCGGCGCGCGGGAUGUGUCUUAAAAGGAUCUGUUGAUCAUACGGAGCAGGAAAAGCUGAUCACAAUUAAGGUCGCACAGAUAUUCAAGUCGAACCGCCCCGGACUCUGUAAUUUGCCGAAGCUGUCGCGAGGCCCCGAAAGCGAAGCGAAACGAAACGGGGGGAGGGGGGUCAAUAAUUUGUCAAAUAUCUAAAUUUCCUCUGUGCGCGGUUCGGCUCGUCGCGAGGACGUCCACGCGCUGUUUCGCCACGCGUAGGCCCGUGCGAGGACGGCGCCUGGCAUUCGCGGGCCUCGGUGUUUUUUUUCCCCCCUCUGCUCUGGCGAACCUGGAAAUCUGGAUGAAUCAGUAAGAGGGGGUGGAGGAGACGCGCGCGUGUUAAACGGGGAAAGGAAGAAAAGGGAGCGAGAAUGACCCUGGAAUCCAUAAUGGCGUGUUGCCUCAGCGAGGAGGCGAAGGAAGCCAGGCGGAUCAACGACGAGAUCGAGAGGCAGCUCCGCCGGGACAAGAGGGACGCACGCCGGGAGCUGAAACUGUUGCUUCUCGGCACUGGGGAGAGUGGGAAGAGCACGUUCAUCAAACAGAUGAGGAUCAUCCACGGCGCCGGCUACUCCGACGAAGACAAAAGGGGCUUCACCAAGCUGGUGUAUCAGAACAUCUUCACGGCCAUGCAGGCCAUGAUCCGCGCCAUGGAGACGCUCAAGAUCCCCUACAAGUAUGAGCACAACAAGGGUAAUGCCAACAUUGUAAGAGAGGUGGAUGUAGAAAAGGUCAACGGAUUUGGGAAUCCUUACGUAGAUGCAAUCAAGAGCUUGUGGAACGACCCGGGCAUCCAGGAGUGUUACGAUCGACGGAGGGAAUACCAACUCUCAGAUUCUACCAAAUAUUACCUGAACGCACUGGAUCGGAUUGCUGAGCCAGCCUAUCUUCCAACUCAGCAGGACGUGUUAAGGGUUCGAGUCCCGACCACAGGCAUCAUUGAAUACCCCUUUGACCUGCAGAGUGUCAUAUUCAGGAUGGUGGAUGUGGGAGGUCAGAGGUCAGAGAGGAGGAAGUGGAUCCAUUGCUUUGAGAACGUCACAUCCAUCAUGUUCCUCGUAGCGCUCAGCGAGUACGACCAAGUGUUGGUGGAGUCGGACAACGAGAACCGGAUGGAGGAAAGUAAAGCGCUCUUCAGGACAAUAAUCACGUACCCCUGGUUCCAGAACUCCUCCGUUAUUCUGUUCCUCAACAAGAAGGACCUCUUGGAGGAGAAGAUCAUGUACUCUCAUCUGGUUGACUACUUCCCAGAGUAUGAUGGUCCUCAGAGGGACGCCCAAGCCGGCCGAGAGUUCAUCCUGAAGAUGUUUGUGGACCUGAAUCCAGACAGCGAUAAGAUCAUCUACUCCCACUUCACCUGUGCCACCGACACGGAGAACAUCCGCUUUGUCUUUGCGGCCGUCAAGGACACCAUCCUGCAGCUCAACCUAAAGGAGUACAACCUGGUGUAGAGCCGAUCAGGGCGGCGUCGGGCCGCCGGGUGGAGGCUGUCGACACACACUGACUGAUGCGGCCUGUGAAAAGAUGGAUCAUAUACACAAGGGGAAAAAAAUCUAAUGGUUACAUACUACUAAUUUAUUUUCCAUUUUUUUUUCAAUCUCUUGGUGUCCAGGAGGUGAGCAAAGUAAAUGUUAUCUUGCUAUUUAAGGUGGCGUUGAAGCAUAAGGAAGGGGACAGGACAUUCUAAGGGGUGGGGGAGGGGCUUGCCGUUGAACAUGUACAGCAACGCUCCUCAUUUUUAGGCUUGGUCCAUUUUGAAGUUUGUUUGUUUUUUGUUUUUGACAAGAAGAACGAAACUACUUUGUGCACUCGAGGUCUGGGGCUUGUUUAGUCUGUCGGUCUGCUCCGUCGACAAACGCAGUGCGCUGCCGCGCUCCGGCCUUUUUAUAAACGAGAAGGAACAGAGUCUCGUUCCUCUCUCUCACACUCACUCCUCAGCCGUUGGUUCACUCUGAAGAUUUGUUCACCUGUUCGCCCGACAGAAAACGACGUAACCGAUCUCUAAUUAAGACCUUUGUCCUUUAAAGGACCGAUUGGCAAAUCUCUUGAAGAGUAGACAUGAAGUGGGAUUUUUAAAUUAUUCCAUUAUGAUUCUUGUUAAUCUAUCACUGUUGCAUUAACUCUGGUACCGCGUGACGUCUUAGGCAUGUGUGCCCGUGGAAGCACAUGGGCCCCAGUGGUGUGUGGAGCAAUGGUCACGUCCGUCCAUAUUAACACACAGUUUAGAUAGCCGGCGUCUUCUGAGCCUUGUGUUCCGGUGAGGCGGCCCAGGGGCCUCUGACCGUCACUGAAGGGAGCUGAGAAGGUAAUCGCUCACGUGACAAUGAUGUUAAUUGAUUUUGUUCAACUGUGCCACAUUAAAGCUUUUUAUUAUAGUGAUAUGUAUGUUUAUUACCAAUGCCAAAACAACCCGAGCACCAGACUCCACUGUAGGUUAUUUAUUACUUGAGUGAAAUGAGAAGGAGCAGCACAGGGUCGGUGAGCGUAGAAGGAGGGGACUGACUGAGCCUCGCAGCGUUUCAGUAUUCGGCAGUCGACCCGGCUCCAGCCCACAGGUCCGCUCAGUGCGCCGCGCUGUGGUUCCAUAGGAGGAGAAUGGGCUCGGUCUGUGACAGUGGGGCGUUGCUGUUCAGGCUGAGCCAGAGUCGGCCCUUCUUCUCUCCGAUUGGCACUUCUGAUUUACAGUUCCUUAUUCCAGAUACUUUGAGUAUGUUUUGUCACAAUUCCCUAGAACGUAAGCCUGUAAUUUACAUUUAUUGAGGCAUAGUGCAAUUAUGAAUGCUAUAAUCAUUGUACAUACAUCUCUCUCUAUAUAUAUAUAUAUGGCAGCAUCUUCGUUGGCUUUGUAAUCAUUACUUUUUUGGCAGAUUGAAUGUGCGGUAUUGAAAACAUGUAUCUGUAAUUGUAUUGACUAAUGGCUAAUUCAUUUUUGGAAGAAAAAAAAAUCUGUUAUUUACUGUACAUGUUUGUUUUUUAUUUCCGUUUGUUUGUUUGUUUUUUGAGGAGAAUGUAAAUCUAGUGUUUCGCCAGUUUUAUUCGUCAGCAACGGAACACCGUUCCGCUUUCAGACCUGCGUCGAGGAAUAUUACCCAGCGACGGGUGGAUCGAUACGCCAGUACUUACUGCAGCCGUUUGGUUAAAUUGACUUUUCUGUGAAAAACUGCAGACUGAAUCCAAUCCACAGGGCUAAUUGUAACAGUGUGGCUCUUAACUGGCUCCAAUCACAACGCUUACUGAUUUAUAUUAUUUUAUAUUUGACAUUGAUGCACAGCUUCACCAUAUUCAUUGCCAAAUGUAGACCAGUCUACCACAGUCUGCCCCUCCCACGUUGGUAUUUACCAAAUGAUUAAGAUGGGGGUCGGCAGGUAAAUGUUGCUUUGUCUCGAAAAUUAAAUAAUCUGAGUGAUUGAGUUUAUAGAUGGGACCUCAUCACCCUUUACACCUCCUCUGAUGAGCCUCUAUGUACCACAACUAUGUUUUAAGUGUCUGACCAGUAGUAAACACACUAUCCGGCCUAAUUGGAAAAGGUACAUUUCCAGGUGCUCGUCUUGAUUUUUUUUACUCCAUUGCCACAGUGUCAUCAGAAUGUACAGUAUUAUUUAGAGCAUUAUUUAUAAAACGGCAACAUAGGAGAACACACACACACAAGCGUUGACGUGUACAUAUUGCCUUACUGAAUAAGCUGUGCCUCUGAAGUCACCCGUGUUUCUCUGAGAGGUGAAGCUAGUGCGCCGUCCCGUACUCUGCGCUGGGAGGAGCCCCGGGAACAGCUUUGACGCGUAGCUCAUGUAGCGAACACGACAUCAACACAGGACAUUACAAGCGCAUCGCCAUCGAUUUGCGAGCAGAACAUUGAUUUCGUAGCGUUGUCGCAUCAGAUUCAUGUCUAGAGAUCUGAGUUGUGGCGCGUUAGAUCACGCGUCCCACUGCCUGACGUGGCUGUGAUCCUGCACGCGGGGGGGUCUGUGCGUGGUUAAUGCCCCGCUGGGGGCAUCAACCCGGGGCCAACUCGUCAGACAUCCCUCUGAAUGUGAACAUGGUGUUAAUGUGAUUCUGCUCAUUGCCGGGGGACGUGUUCUGGAGCUGGACUGUAGCUUCUAACCUGUAGUCAGUAUUGAUGGUGACCUCCUUGUAGACUCUCAGUGAUUAGUCACUCGUGUCCCUGCUGUUGUAAAGUGGCUAUUUACACUGUUCCUGUUACUUGGAGGGAAAAUCCUGGUUUAAACAGUUCACUGAGCAGCGGCUGUGCGUCCGCGUCCACAGAGCUCAUCUCAUCGAGACGUAAUAGUGUUGUUGCACUAUUGCACGUUCUUGUACUAUGUUGCACGUUUCAAACUGCAUUUGAUGUUCUCCAAAGUGCAUUCCAUUGGAAAACUGCAAAUUCUAAUGCGACUUUGUCCGAGAAAUACGAGCCGCAAAGGACUGUUCCCGAGCUUUGUGGGUGAUUAGUUCACGUUCACAGCACAUAUGGGUUCUAUUCAGGCUGGAUUUUCCCUUUAAGAGAGCAGCAGACUCCAGCUGGUGUUGACUUGUGCCACACAUUGUUGGAAGCCUCGCUGUUGUUCAGAUUGCACGCAGUGUUGGGGGGCAGCGCAGCGGACUGCUCUCCGCUGCCUCAUCAUCUGGUUGCUUCUCUGCUGGCCUACGUUUGGGUUUUUCUAUGCCUCCAAAUCCUGAAGAUAUGAAGUUUUAAUUUCGAAACGGUGUUAUGAUGAUGAUGAUGAUCUCCAAUCAUACUUGUGUAAAAUGUUUCAUGUAUCCAUAAACUCACGCUCCUUCAACAUGUUUCUGAAUGAAGUGACAUGUUUCUUUUCAAAACUA